AUGCUCUGGUUUCAAGGAAAUAGCAUGCAACUUGCCAAAUACUCCUUUCGACUCCUCUUGAGAAAUCGUUCUGCCUCUAAGACUGUUCUGCCUGUGCUGACCUUAUUUACAAAGGAUCCAUGCCCCCUUUGUGAUGAAGCCAAGGAAGUGCUGGAGGCUUAUAAAAACAGGUUUAUUUUACAGGAGGUGGACAUCACACUUCCAGAAAACUCUGCUUGGUAUCAAAGGUAUAAAUUUGACAUCCCUGUCUUUCAUUUGAAUGGCCAGUUUCUGAUGAUGCAUCGAGUAGACAUCUCAAAACUUGAAAAGCAGCUCCAGAAACUUGAGCAGCAAGGUUUAUGAUCCUCCACCCUCUCUG